UUCCUCAACCAAGAUGGAGACGCUGCUCCCUCUGUGUCUCACUCUCACCCUCACCUCAGUGUCGUUCGCAACCACAAAUGUUACCACGCCAACCAACACGUCAACAGUUACCACACAACCCAAUAACGGCUCAGCCAUCACAACUGCCAUGCCCACCAAUCAGUCCACACUGGGACCGCCCACCGCCCCGCCCAAUGUGACCACAGAGGUCACAAACCCCGCCAACGUCACGGCUCUGACGCCAUCUGGCAACGUCACGACGCCCAACGUUACCAUGGCAACCACGUAUCCAAACAGCACAGUGCAGCAUGCGACAAACUCUUCUGACACAGUGGUGACGACGGGGGCCGGCGCGAACAGCACGGUGACCACGCCCAGCGGUACCAUGACAACAGGGAGUGGGAAUAACAGCUCCGUUUCCCCGAGUGAAUCGGUGACGACGACCACGACGACAGUGGGUGGCGGCAGUGGAGGAGGAGGUGGAGUUCCUGGGUGGGGCAUCGCUCUGCUGGUUCUGGCUGCUCUGGCUCUGCUGCUGCUGCUACUGCUGCUGAUAGCACUGCUUGUGUGGUAUUGCUGUAGGGGGCGCCACAAAGGCCUGAGCCCCAAAAACGACGUCCCUCUGUACACCACACACAGUCGCUUCAAUGGAUCCAACGCACAAUACGAGGAGUUUGAUAAACCGACAAUGAACCGCACAGGGAUGUUCUCUGUGAACCAGUGAAUUCACUCACUCACUCACUCACCGUCAACCAGUGAAUUCACUCACUCACUCACUCACCGUCAACCAGUGAAUUCACUCACUCGCUCACUCACUGUCAACCAGUGAAGUUCACUCGUGAGACUUGUGAACGAGUGAAGUGGUUAAUGUUGAGGAGAAUCGUAGAUUGAGUGGAUAUUUUUUGCAGUUUUUAAUUUUAUUAUUUAAAUAAACAAAAUAAGAGAAACUUAAAUGUAAAAUCAUUCAAAUCAUGAUUUCAUAACAACUUCCAAACGUUUAUUUAAGACACAACACUUUAUAAACUAGAAUAACUUCAUAAUAACUUUUUAAUAACUUUAAUCAUAAUUCUUUUCUGAUGAUGAUUCUUCAUGUGUUUGUUUUUAAAUUGAAUUCAGUUUUCAGUCACAGAGUUCAUGUUUUAUAGAACUAUUAUCAUUCUAUUUUAAAUCAAUUCAU